UAAACGCAGUUUUUUAACAAUUGGAAGGGUCUCAACUUGAGAACUCGAAGCUCUGGUUCUUGUUCUGGUGUGGAUCACUCUUCCCAAUGGCGACCUCAGUUGAAGAGCAACAAAUCCAUCAAGAGAAGUCGAUGCCGCAAAACCCACAUGGUGAUGAAAUUGAAGGAGACCCAAAUGGUGAUGAAGACGAAGACUUCGAAGAAGAAGAAGAAGAUGGAGACGAAGACCUCGAAGAAGAAGAAGAAGAAGCCGACGACGUCGUGAGCCAGUCAAGAUUGUUUUCACAGAGAAACAAGUUGAACAAUCUGUUUCAUCGGUUAUCAACAGAGCGAGUGACCCUUCGAGUCCAUGAUGUCCUGAUCAAGGGCAACACCAAGACUAAGGAAUCGCUCAUCGAAGCUGAAGUUGAAGCCCUCAAGAAAGCAACCAGCAUGCAAGAGCUUCUUCAGGUCGCUAGUAUCGCUAAUGCCCGCCUUCAUAAGCUCGAAAUCUUCGAUUCCGUCAACAUUACCCUCGAUAGUGGGCCUCCUGAGCUUCCCGGGACUGCCAAUGUCAUUGUUGAGGUUGUUGAAACAAAGAACCCUCUUACGGGAGACAUCGGUAUCUUCACCAAGCCUGAGGCUAGAUCUUGGUCUCUUGAAGGAUCCCUGAAAUUGAAAAACUUACUUGGGUAUGGUGACGUUUGGGAUGGUUCUGGGGCCUAUGGAUGGGACCAAACGUCGGAGAUAAGCGCUGGAGUCUCUUUUCCCAGAUUCAAAAGAUUAGUAACUCCUGUAACGGCUAGAAUAUCACUACUUUCCCAGGACUGGCUGAAGUUAUCCUCUUACAAAGAGCGUUUAUUGGGCCUCUCUGUUGGCUUAGUAUCAACCAGGAAUCAUGACUUGUCUUACAAUCUUACGUGGCGUAACUUAACAGAUCCGUCACAAAUGUCUUCCAGGUCAAUAAGGGGACAGCUUGGACAUAGUUUAGUCUCAUCUUGUAAGUACUCAUUUAAGGUUGACAAGAGGGAUUCACCUGUGAGGCCACGACGAGGAUAUUCAUUUCUUUCUACUUCCCAAAUUGGUGGCCUUGCGCCUGAUAGUCGGAGCUUACGGUUUUUGCGUCAGGAAUUUGAUUUUCGUUAUGCUUGGCCACUGGGCUUUUGUAAUGCUGCACUUAACUUUGGGAUUUCUGCUGGUGUUAUUUAUCCAUGGGGAAGUGGAUCGAUGAGCAUGCCCUCGCCUCUACCUGAAAGAUUCUUCUUAGGUGGCCAUUCUUCUCCAGUGUGCACCUUGUCAGGCCCGGCAUCAUUGUUAGGUUUCAAGUCUAGGGGAUUGGGUCCUGCUGAAGCCAGAAGGCUAAUUAUCGACAAAUCAAACAAUGAGAAUACGGCUUCCUCUUCUGGGACAGAUGCCCUUGGAGGAGACCUGUCUGUUACAGCCUUUGCGGACCUCUCUUUUGACCUUCCUUUGAGAAUAUUCAGAGAAGCAGGAAUCCAUGGACAUCUAUUUGCUUGUGCUGGAAAUCUUACUAAGUUAACAGAGAAUGAGUACCGGAAUUUCUCAUUGCAGAAGUUUCGGGAGUCUUUCCGAAGAUCUGCUGGAGUUGGGAUUAUUGUCCCAACCAAGGUGUUCCGCAUGGAGAUAAACUACUGUUAUAUACUGAAACAAUUGAAGCAUGACAGCGCAAAGACAGGCAUACAGUUCAGUUUUUCUUCCCCAUUGUAGAAGCUGAAAUUUCAAACUCCAUGCAAUGGUAUGGCUAAUUUUCUUUGUUCUGAGCAUGUGAGAUUUUGGCCAUUUGAUAUCUGUAAUUGAGCAUCUUUGGUAAAACCUUUAAUCCUAUCAUUUUUGGCAAUACUGAUCAUAAAUCUUCUUUGAAGACGUGAAGACUUAGGGUUUCGAAAAAAUUAUUGGGGUUUAUACCAUUCUACCAAAGAGGAUCAAAUUCUGUCCUGUAUUUCGGUUGAGUUACUUGAGUAAUAAAUUUUUUCGGAUCA